UUGUGCACAGUCCAACAGUCAACAGUUCGAUUGUUAGUUCCAGUAAGCAACAUGACAGGCCGUGGCAAAGGUGGAAAAGGUUUGGGAAAAGGAGGCGCGAAACGUCAUCGCAAAGUGCUCCGUGAUAACAUCCAGGGAAUCACCAAGCCCGCCAUCCGUCGGUUAGCUCGUCGUGGAGGUGUGAAACGUAUCUCUGGUUUGAUCUACGAAGAAACCCGUGGAGUUUUAAAAGUAUUCCUGGAGAACGUGAUCCGUGAUGCAGUCACCUACACCGAACACGCCAAAAGGAAGACCGUCACCGCCAUGGACGUCGUCUACGCGCUGAAACGUCAAGGACGUACCUUGUAUGGUUUCGGAGGUUAAAUAUAAAUACUAAUCAGAUACUAGUGAGAAGUUUC